UUCAAGAAAGUAAAUAUUGUGUUGUGCUGUAAAUGAGCAAAACACUGAAUUGUGUAACUGAUUGAUUAAUGCUCCUGAUUAACACAUUGAAGUUCAUUUCUAUCUGAAUACUUAAAUUGCUUUUCUAGAAAAAUUUAUAUUUUUUCUUAAUGUAUUUAUUUCACUACUAAGAAAUAAAAGUUUUGUCAGUCAAGCUACUUGCCGCUUCCUUCUUAGCUUAUGGUUCUAGACAACUGCCUAGUUGAGAAUCUGUCAGUGAUUUAGUGAACAACACUUCUCUUGAAAAGGUUAGAAUAAUGUCUUCAAAACUGCAAGAAAUCAAAGCAAAGGCUUUAGCUGAGAAAAAAAAGCAAGUAAGUUCAGCCAAAGGUAAUGUUGAAUCUUGCUUCUUCCGUCAACUGAAGGAAGCAUCACUUCAUCCAAGAAUCAUCAAACAAGCUCGUAAAAGUGGAGUUCUGAAUUUGUCAAAUCGUGGCAUUGCUGAAAUGCCUGAUAUUGUAUGGAAUAUAACAAGUUUAACAGCUGAAGAAACAAAAGAAUUGUCAGUGUCAAUUGAUUCAAGUGAAGAUGACAAGUGGUGGGAUUAUGUUGAUCUAACAAAGUUAGUCCUUGCAUCAAAUACUUUAAGAUAUGUUUCACCAGAUAUUUCUAAUUAUAAACGUCUGAAUGUGCUUGAUUUGCAUGAUAACUGCUUGUCUGACUUACCUUCCAGUGUUGGAGAACUUACUUGCCUUACUAAACUGAAUAUUAGCCGAAAUCAGUUUGAAGUUUUACCAGAUUGUAUUUUUUCUCUAAAAUCUUUGAAGUCUCUUCAGGCCCAGCAUAACAAGCUGCAUCAUUUAAAUGAUGAUAUUGGAAAUUUAUCAUUUUUAGAGGAAUUGGAUUUGUCAUACAAUAAUUUGAAAAAACUUCCUCACUGCAUUGGUUUUCUUUCAAGAGUUACCUUCUUAAACUUAUCAAAUAACGAAUUGGCACAAUUGCCUGUAGAAAUGGGUGAUAUGAUGGCUUUAAAACAUCUUGAUCUUUCAAAGAAUAAGCUAAAAUCUUUGCCAUCUUUAAUGGAAAUGUUACAUCAUUUAGAACAGCUUUAUAUUCAGCAUAAUAAUAUCACAGAACUACCCAUAUUAACUAAUUGCAAAUCACUAAAGGAAAUUCAUGCUGGUUUUAAUUCUAUUAAAACAUUAUCAACUGAAUUCUUAGAAGCAAUAUCAAAUAUUAAACUUCUGGAUCUAAGAGACAAUAAAAUAUCUGAAAUUCCAGAUACUAUUUGUUCUUUGCAAGCUUUGGAGAGACUUGAUAUUUCAAAUAAUGCUCUUUCUAGCUUGCCUUUUACAUUGGGUACCUUACCUCAUUUAAAAUUUCUAUCAAUUGAUGGUAAUCCAAUGAGAACUAUUAGAAGAGAUAUUAUUCAAAGAGGAACUGUUCAACUUUUAAGAUGGCUUCGUAGUCGAAUUGAAGAUCCAUCGCUUGUGAGAAAUAUGUCUCGAUUGUCUUGUGAAGUAGAUGGUGCUCAGAAUAAUACUUCAAAUUGUGAUGUUGACAAGUAUGCAGUGAAGUCUACCAGAUCAUUGCCUUUAAGCAAUAAAAAUAUGACAUCCAUCCCAAAAGAUGUGAUAGAAACAGCCAGAGAUGCUGAGGUUACUACCGUAGAUCUCAGUAAGAACAGUAUUACCAGUAUUCCUGAUGAAUUUGAAAUGGUUCUAUCUAAAUUAACAGAACUUAACCUUGGUUAUAACAAAUUGAAUAGCAUUCCUUCAUUUAUUGGGCUUGGGCAGCAUUUGCAGUACUUAGAUUUAAGAAAUAAUCAGUUACAGACCUUACCUGCCGAAAUUGCAAACUUAUCUUCACUUAGAGAAAUCAACAUUUGUUACAAUAGGUUCCACUCGCUACCCAGUGCUUUGUAUGGCUUGAAAAAAUUGGAAAUAAUUUUAGCAUCAGACAAUCAAAUAGAAGAUAUUGAUGCAAAUGGAUUAUCUCAGAUACCAACUCUUGCUGUACUUGAUCUACAUAAUAAUAGUAUUAAGGUUGUCCCACCAGAACUUGGGAAUCUAAGGCAGUUAAGAUCCCUUUUGCUUGAUGGAAACUUGUUUCGCAAUCCCAGGCCUGCUAUUCUUUCAAAGGGAACACCAGCCUUGUUAGAAUUCUUACGGAGUCGUAUUCCUCAAAGUUGAGACUCAUAGCUCUUAUGUUCUUUUCUAUUUUGAAUAAUGUCUGUGAUAUUUAAUUAAUUUUUGAAUUUACUGAAGAUGUCUAAUUUUAAUUGAUUUUUUUUAUACUUUUCUUUUACUUUUUUUAUGAAGAUUUAUUACAAUUGAUUUCAGGGUCCUUUGAAAAUUACACUCAAAGAUGAUUUUAUUUAUACUAAUUAUUUUAUGUUAAUUUUCUCUUUUUGGUGUGGAAAAAUAUUGCAUACUUAAUUUUCAAUAUAAUUAAAUUCAUUUUAAGUUGAUCAAACAUAUAUAAAAUCAUAAAAUUUUUUGAUUUAUUGAGCAGUUAGAAUUAAUUUAUGUUGUUUGUCUCUUAUUUAAAUAUUUAAUCAGUAAAUACACUUUUCAAAAUGAUGAAAAAGUUGUUUUGUGUAGAUUUAUUAAUAAACAAAACACUUUUCUGGAAGUUUUCCUUGCUAUGCCCAAGCAGUUAAGGUUUUCAAGCAUGGUUAAAAUUAAUAUAUACUGAUGAUCAACUACAUUCUGUCCACACAAUAUGCAAGUAAACUUGCUUUUAGCUUGUCACAUUUUGGGGCAUUAUUCCCCGAUUAGAAUAUCUCAAGUGAAAAAAACUUGGAAGAUAAAUAUCACUAAAAUAAAGUAUAUCUGCACACUGUAAUUAUUUUAUGAAAUAUAUAAAUAAUCAAGAAAAGGAUUUUUGAAGCAUAUUUUGGAGUAGUAAAUUAGGAAGAUUUAGCAUUAUAUAUAUAUGUGUGAUUAAUGAUAUACAGCCACAUAAAUAACCUUAACCCUUUCAGUAAUAGUAGAAAACCACCUAAAACCACUUUUUUAGGAGCUUUUUUUCUUUGUCAAAUGGCCAUGUUUUGAUGUUAUAUUAAGAGAUAAAAAAGUGCUUUUAGCAUCAGGUAACCAAUAGCCCCAUCAGCUUUAUUUAUUUUAAUGGUAUUAUACAUUAAUUUCAAUUGCCUUUAUUUUUAAAAAGAAAAGUAAAUUUCUUCAUGCAUUUGGAAGACUGAAAAGAUGAGACAAAAUGUUAAUUUUCUCUGUUCCCCAUUUUUAUUAUGAAAUCAAAAAAUAUUCCUAAAUAAUUUUCAGAAUUUAUUUAUAGUAUUCACCCAUAUAUUAUUCAUGUGUUAUAACAAUUUAUAUUUUUAAAAAGUUUACUAUGAAGAAACUUUUCUUACCUUCUUAAACACUACUUGACCAUUUUAUGGCUUUGUAAAGACUGAAUCCCCCUAUUACCAUUCAAUAGAAAUAAAAGUUACCUAUAAAUGAUGCUUAAAACUCUUUGUUAGAGAGAUGAGACAUAUGAGUGAUCGUUGUAAAAAUAACUUUUAUCAGGGUAGCACAAAUUAUUCAGAAUUUUGAUGCCAUUCAAAUUUAUUUAGUCUUUCAUUGAAAAAUAAAUUUUGAUCUCUCUGAUAUUUAUCAACUUAAUUUAAUCUAUAGAGCAACUAUUAUAUAAACUUUCAUUCAAAUUGUUUACUUCAUUUUUUUAAACGUUUGCUGUGCAAGGAAGUCACCUUUUUUGUUUUCAUUUAUACUAGUGUUAAUUUUCUAAUGUUACAUAUUUCCUCUUCUGAACAUUUUUCUUUUAAUGACCUGAUGAUAUAAAUUGGUAUAUCUCUCUUUUUGUAACUCGUAGUUGUCUUUUUUAUUAUAAAUAUUUAAUAAAUUCUUUAUAUUCUAAUAUUGCAUGUUGACACAUAUACUGUUGAACUUUGAUUUUAUGUGUUUCUUCAGGUCUUUGUUGCAUUUUACAUUUGUCACAAAAUAAAUUACUUGUGACAUAAUUUUUUAUUUAUUUAGAUACAUUUAAAACCAUUAAUAAUAAAAUUUAGUCCAUAGAAACUGUUACAUCAAAGUUUUUUCUUAACAUAUUUUACUGUAUUACAUAUUAUACAGAAAGGUUUUUCCUAUAAUAAAGAAUAGAAUUCAAUAAAGGAUAGAACUUGUUUUCAUUAUAAUAUAUAAAUUUCUGUAACAAUUCCUUGAAACUGUUAUAGAAAGGCUAUUAAUUUUUUGAAUGAUAGCAUUGUCUUAAUGUCAACAUUAAAAGCAUUAAUGGGACAGAGUCCUGCUGUUUGGAUUCAACACUCAUGCUUUCUACAAAAGUAAAAAUAUAUAUCUUCUGUUGAAAUAUUGCUAUUCUUCUAUUUUAUGAAAGUUCAUGUUAGCACUCGAAACUCAAACAUUUAUUCUGUAUGUAAAAUAACAUAUAUAUUCCAAAUAUGAUGUAUUAUUAUUAGUAAAUGCUGUGAUUUUACAUUGUAAAAUUAUAAAUUGCUUUUAUAUUUAUUAGUUUUUUAAUCUGAGCAAUGUAUUCAUAUUUUUCUUGAUUAUUUCUUAUUUUAUUAUUAUUGCAUUAUAUUUU